AUGGCAAACCCGAGCGGCCGCCCGGAACCCGAGGUACUCUCUUCAGACUCCCUACGGGCCCAGUUGCGCCUCAUCAGCCAGCGACUCGACGAGGUGCAGGAAGAGGUUUGCAGGUCCAAGGGAGAGCUCGGGGAGGAUGCACACCAAGGGUCUCCCUUCACACCUGAGAUACGGGAUCUGAUAGUCCCCCCGGACUUCCAGCUCCCCUCUCUGGAUGCUUACGAUGGCUCCACCGACCCAGCGGACCAUGCUGCAAAUUAUCUGAACAUAAAAGGGCUGCUGGUUUUGACGUGCCAAACUGUGGCCGACAUGAUCAAGGGGAAGACGCCGGAGGAGAUCCGUAAAACCUUCAACAUCAAGAAUGACUUCAUCCCCGAAGAAGAGGAAGAGGUUCGGAGGGAGAACCAAUGGGCCUUCGAGUGA